CAAUUCAGUCUUCACUCUCGCCUUCCCCGUCCGGAAUCUUCCCAAUUAAAAAUUAAAAAUUGAGGUUCUUUCCAAUACGAGGAUAUUUGGUGUUGAAGGUGAAUUUUUAUCAACAAAUAUGGCUAGCUUCGAAAAUAACGAACAAGGUUCGUCACCUCGAAAGAGGCAGAAGCUCGACUCGAGCUCCUCGAAUUCCAAACCAAGCUCUGUUCCCACCUCAAUUUCUCUUGCAUAUCCUCCUUCUCAGUCAGACGCAACAAUCGAUUCGAAUAUAAACGCAUAUCCAAGUGACAAAAUGGAAAUCGAUCAGCCAAGCCAAAGUUUGGUUUCUGAAGUUCCAUUAUCUUCCCAACCUGAGCAUGCUCAAGAAAUUAGAUCUGGAAUACUUCACUAUGUCAACAAGAAAAAUCCCGGAUUCCAAGGUAUAUUAAAGCAAAGGUAUGCUUGUCUUGUUCUCUUACCAAUAUGAUGCCAUGUGUUUUAUUGUCAUUCAAAAUGAUUUGCUUGCAACAACCCAAUCACCUUGGCACUUUUUUUUCAAAAAGUUCGCGUCAAUACCUCAUAGAAUCCAUGUUUCAAAGAUCUAUCCAACUCAUUCACUUCCACUUUUCGUUGUAGUGGAUGCAAUUUGCAUUUAUUGCAGCUAUGUUUCUGCAGUCACAUGUUAAUUGUAACUUAUUUCAUUCAUGGACUCCAGCUAAUUUUGGUGAUCAGAUACACAGAUUUCCUAGUCAAUGAAAUUUCCAUAGGAGGGGAAGUUGUUCACCUUAAGGAUCUAAAAGCCCCCCAAACUCAUCAAAACAGAGUACGUUAUCAGCCAACAAGACAUCCCAAUUCAUGCUCCUUCUCCUAGCAGGACAAAAAGCUGACGAUUGUGAGCAGAGUGCAGUGAAUGCCAAUGCUGUUUCAGCAGACACUGUUGAUGAGAACCAGCCAGUAGCAGAAGCUGCGGGACAGAAUGAAUCAAAGCAAACCACUUCUACAAAUUCUGCUAUAGCUGAAGCGGCGCCUCUCGCUGAUAUUCCCAAUGGCAGCACCUCCGCGGCUCCAACCACUUCAGCUAUUGAAACAAAUGUUGAUAUUCCUGCACAGCCAUCUGCGGAAAAUCCAAAUGCCGUUCAAAUUAAAGAAAUCCGAUCUAACGAUAUGGAAGUUCUUGUUGAAUAUUUUGGUGAUAUCCUAGCUCUCCAGAUCAUUGAGCUCGAUAAAAAAAUUCAACAGAAACCAAAUGCUAAACCUAGUUCCUUUGGAUCUUUACAGUCCGAACCGAUUGAUGACAGACCCCGUCGUGGACGAAUUCAUGGUUUUGUGCGUUCGCGUUUUGAGUCGCGUUUGGAGACUGAAGCUUUGGAUGAUAAUUCUAUCAAUAUAUUCGCAGCUGCUCCGCAACAACAACGUGACAGAGGACAAAACCAACGUGGGAGAGGACAACAAACUUCCGGCCGAGGGGAUUUCCGUGGUCAAUCGAAUGGCCAGCCAAAGCCCAAGGGAAAAGUUGGAUGGCAAGAACUUGGCGGUGAAUACCUUCACUUCACACUUUACAAAGAGAAUAAGGACACCAUGGAAACUGUCAACUUGCUGUCUAAAUUGCUGAGAACUAAAACCAAAGAUUUCGCCUACGCAGGCACCAAAGACCGUCGAGCGGCCACCGCACAGCGUGUUAGUGCUUUCAGACAUCAUGUUAAAAGCAUGGCUGAUCUCAAUCAUAAGCUGAGAUACGGCGUAAGAGUUGGUGACUUCAAGUAUGAGAAGUAUCCACUUAGACUGGGUGAUCUCGAAGGCAACGUUUUUACCAUUACCUUACGUGAUUGCCAUUUCGGUGACGACACUAAAAUGGAUGAUGCUACAAAGCUUCAAUCGGCAAAAAAAGUUGUUGGUGAUGCUAUUGCACAUUUACAAACCCGUGGUUUCCUCAACUACUUUGGCUUACAACGUUUUGGUACCUUCGCAAUCGGCACACACGAGAUCGGCAAGUUGAUCUUAAAAGGAAACUUCAAGGGUGCUGUAGAUGCUUUGCUCACAUUCAGCGAGGAUGCACUCGCAGCAGCUCAGUCGGGAAAAGAUGGAGGAAGUAUUGGCAGAGAUGAUAUGGGACGCGCCCUUGCUAUCCAUAAAUUCCGGGAAACUGGCAAAAACCACUGUAGAGACCAUCUUCCACCAAGAUUUUCUGCGGAGCGUGCUGUCAUUCAACACUUGUCCUCGGCCCGCAAACAUGACGAUUACGCAGGUGCCAUACUAUCAAUUUCGCGCCAUCUUCGUACCAUGUACGUGCAUUCAUAUCAAUCUUUCAUUUGGAACGUCGUAGCCUCUAGAAGAUGGGAGCGCUAUGGAGACAAAGUUAUUGAGGGCGAUCUUGUUUUGAUAGAGAGCAAAGCCACCGAACAAAGAGAUGAAGUUGAUGAAAAUGGAGAAGUUGUGAUUCACGCAUCUGGAGGAGAUGCCGCACUUAGUUCCGAUGAAAUUUUCCAGCGUGCACGCUGCCUUUCGGCCGAAGAAGCUGGCAGUGGCAAUUUCACCAUCUUUGAUAUUGUCCUCCCUAUGCCAGGUUUUGACAUUGAAUACCCUGGCAACAAAAUUGGAGAUUAUUACAAGGAGUUUAUGGCUAGUGAACAAGGCGGCGGCCUGGAUCCUGCCGAUAUGCGUCGAAAGAUCAAGGACUUUAGUCUCAGUGGUAGCUACAGAAACCUUAUCGGCCAAGUCAAAGAGGGCAUGACUUUCGAAGUCAAAACCUACCACGACGAAAGAGAACAGUUGGUUGAGACUGACUUGGAGAUCGUCGAGAAGGCCAAUGCUCAGGCGAAUGGUCCUAGCCACAUCGCAACCACUCACGUAUAUACUAGAAAAGAAGGCGAUCCACACGGGUAUGCAUCUUUCCAGGAGAAAAACCUUCAUCCAGAUAAUGAUCAACAGAACAAUGGCCUUCAGGAGAAUGGUCAACAACAUAAUGGUCAGCAAGACAAUGGCAUUCAAAACGGUCGACGUGGAAGAGACCAAGGUGCCCGUGCUCGUCACAUGGCCGAUGCUGCGAAAGAAGGUCGCCAAAAUAACGCUCUUUACGCUGGUAGCGCUCAGCAUAAUGCUUGGAAAGCACUACCAACCAAGCUUGCUGAAGAAGACAAAGCUGCUGCUGAAGCCCGGGAGGAAGAAAAGCUAAAGCCUGUCGAUGUGGAUGCUAUCAAACAGCCAAUUUAUAAGGAGACAUUCAUACAAACUUCUGCAGAUGAUGAGGGUCGUCGUACUGGAGUUAGAAUCCAACAGACUCUCGGUUCGAAGAACGAGGUUAUCGUAGAGAACGCCCCGAAAGAUGCAGUGUCAGGUACCGAGAAGGAGCUAAAGGUCGAAGUCGCAGAGCUCCCGGGUGCCGAAUCUGACGAAGACAAUGAGGCUCAAGAGGGAGGCGUCAAGCUCGAAGCUUCGAUUGGUCUGAAGAGAUCUGCUGAAGAGAUUUCGAAGGGACCUGUUGACAGGAACGAAAAAGACGAAGCAGUCAUCCAAGUUGUUAAAAUUGACGAUGGGAAGGUCAGCAAUCCUGGUGUAGCUUCUACUAAGAUCAAGCAGGAGGAUGAACCAUCCGAAUCACUUCAGGCAACAUCUGCUGAUGCUGAAAUGGCGAGUGCACCAGGUUGCGAGGAAGCUACCGAGGAGUCGAGACCUGCACGACUUGCGGUUAUUGUCAAAUUUGGUCUUGGCUCAAGUAUGUAUGCUACAAUGGCCCUUCGAGAGUUAAUGCAGCGAGGAGGCGUCCAGGUCUAUCUACCAGACUUUUCUUCUGGCAGAUGAUUUAUUUCUUUGCAUUGAAGCGAUCGCUGUGUGGUUGGAGAUGAGAUUUUUGAGGACAAAUUAAUUGUAGUUAGAUCCGGUAGGAGGUUAUCGACCGCAAAUUUAAUGCAGUUACUUGUAAAUAGACUCCAUACCUGUCGAUAUGACAUGAAUAGAAAGUAAAAUUGUUAAGAAUAUGAUCCUCGG